AUGAAACAAGAUAAUUGUGAAUUAACGGAUUGUAUCAUUCUAGCAGCUGCAGUGGUAGCGGUAGUCGCGGCACGUCCACAGGAUGGUCACCACCACGACCACCACCAUGCCUCCUCCUCACAGAGCCUCAAACAGUACCACGGGAAAGCUACUGAGAAACAUGUCGAGUACUAUGGUCAUCCCAAAUAUGAGUUCGCGUACAAAGUGGUAGACCCACACACUGGAGACAAGAAAUCUCAGCAUGAGUCUCGCGAUGGUGACGUCGUGAAGGGUGUGUACAGUCUGCAUCAGCCCGAUGGUACUAUCAGGAUCGUGGAGUACCAUGCUGACAAGAAGACUGGGUUCAACGCCAACGUGAAGUACGAAGGUCACGCAGUACACUUCCUUUUUAUCGUUGCUGUAUUAGCAACGGUGGCUGCACGACCUCAUCACGAUCACCCGCAAAAAGAUAAUAGUGUCCGCAUCUUAUUGCCACUAAACCUUUUACUGGACCCAACUCACGAUGCCAAACACGGAACCGCACAUUCCGAAAAACACGAAGAUAAACACCAACACCACACUACCACAAAAGAUGGCCACCAACGACUCCACGGAGAGCACCGCUAUCAUCACAAAACAUCAUUACCAGGACAUCAUCACAAGGAGCAUCAUUACCAAAAACAGCCUCUUGAACAACACCACGAUCAAACCUCGUCCUUACAUAACAUCAAGCAAGCCAAAGAAAAAGGAACUAAUAAAUCCGUCAAGAACAGUAUGCAGCCUCAAUUUGACUCCAACAGGGACAGCUACACCGGUGGUAAGAUACCCAAAAACCAGGCUUAUGAAGGUGACCUUAUUAAGGGUGUCCAUAGUUUGCAUCAGCCUGAUGAACCUUACAGAAUCGCAGAGUAUUAUUCUGAGAAGAAAAGUGGUUGUAUAUACAAAAUAUUUCCUAGAUUGAUUGAACGCCUACCGAAAACAACAGCUAUUAUGCAUCCACAUCAUUCCUGA